AGAAAGUACACAGAUGGUGCAGUUAAAAAAAAUAGAUCACUCGAGCGCAAUCGUUGCCGGAGAAUUUCGAAGCGACGCGAGAUUCGAGACGUAAAAACGUAACAGAGAGAGAUGAUCUGUAAUUAAGUCCAAUUAUCAUUAAUUAUAGCAAGCUUAAGUUUCUAAUGAUUUUUUUUUUAAUCGAUGUAGAUUAACUUUUGAAAUCUUGCGUUGAUCAAUCAGAGAUUAAUUUUGAAAUUUAAAUUAGCGUGAAUUAGUGGCAUUUCAGAUCGUGAUUUAUUAGGAUAUUGUUUUAUUAUUUAAAUAAUAUUUAAAUAAUUUAUAUUAGUGCGAAAUGAUUGUUUUCAUUUUUUAAGUCUCAUUUUUUGAAUGAAAGAAUUGAAUGACGUUUUCUUCGUUAAAGUUUGAGAUUAGAAUAUUUUGAUUUUUAACAAUGGAGAAAAAACGUUUUAAUUGGAAGUCGAGAGCUGUUACAAAUGUGAAAAUUGACGAUUCUACUACCAAGGAAAUUGUAUUAGAUAUCAAACAUCGUACUGAGGAUUAUGACAGUUGCAAUGCACUUGUUUUGCCCAAUCAGAAGAGAAAAACAAAAAACAUAGAUAAGAAAGUAACAACUACUCGACUUUUGUCAAAGAAACGUAGAAAACUAUUGGAAAAGGUAGUCGAGCGAAAGAAGAAAAAAUUACAGAGAGCAACAUUAUUAGAAGAUUUGGCAAAAGUCCAAGUAUCUCCUGCUGAACUGAAACAAUACGUAAGUCUGACAUCCUUGCAAAACAAGGGAUUAAAGCGUCAUUUUCGAGAACUUGAGAAACCCAUUGAAAAAUUAAAGCAUAAAAUAAAUGAUGAAGAGGAAAAUGAUUCGAUAAAAGCUAUAAGUUCUAUUAAAGGGAGUAAGAAAAGGAGAUUAGCCAUUUUGGAUAAUGCAAAACAAGACGAGACUAAAUCUGAUCCAAAUAUAGUUGGAUUUGAAUCUAGUGAUAGUAGUGAUGAAGACAAUAGUGACAAUGAAGAUAAAAAUGAAAAGUAUGUUUCUGAUAGUACUGCUGCUCUUAAUGUGAUAAAUGAAAACAUUGAAAUAAAUGAAACACAAGAUGAGAAGCAUUUCAUGAAAGAUGAGAAGAAUCUUGCAAAAGAUGAGAUGAAUCUCACGAAAGAUGAGAUGAAUCUCAUAAAAGAUGAGAAGAAUUUCGCGAAAGAUAUGGAAAACGAAACAAAUUCAGCUAAAACUGAGAAAUCUGAAAAAUCAAUGAAAAAAAUUCAACAAAAUACUAUUUCCAAAGUCUGUACGCCUGCUGUCUUUGUACCUGUGAAUAGAAAACCCGAAAUACAAGCAGCCAGAUUGAAACUACCUGUUGUUGGAGAGGAACAGAUCAUAGUUGAAACAAUAAAUGAGAAUCCUAUAGUCAUAAUUACUGGAGAAACAGGAAGUGGAAAGACAACGCAAGUUCCUCAAUUUUUAUACGAGGCUGGAUAUGCUCAAAGUAAAAUGAUCGGAAUAACUGAACCAAGAAGAGUGGCGGCGAUGUCGAUGAGCAAGCGAGUAGCUGAAGAACUGAAUCUCUCUGAAAAGGAGGUCUCGUAUUUGAUUCGUUUUGAGGGAAAUGUAACAGAAGAGACGAAGAUCAAGUUUAUGACCGACGGUGUGCUACUGAAAGAAGUUCAAAGUGAUUUCCUAUUGACAAAAUAUUCCGUGAUUAUACUCGAUGAGGCGCACGAACGCAGCGUGUACACAGAUAUUCUAAUUGGCUUAUUAUCGAGGAUUGUCCCGCUUCGUAAUAAACGCGGCAAUCCUUUGAAACUAAUAAUUAUGUCGGCUACGUUGUCCGUGAAGGAAUUUGUCGAAAACACGAGGUUAUUUAAAGUAAAGCCACCAGUGAUCGAAGUCAAAUCACGACAAUUUUCUGUAAAGAUACAUUUCAAUAGAAGAACAAAUAAGGAUUAUGUCACUGAAGCAUUGCGAAAAACAAUAAAGAUACAUACACGCCUUCCAGAAGGUGGCAUAUUGAUCUUUUUAACAGGUCAACAAGAGGUACAUACGGUUGUGCGUAAGUUACGCAAAGCGUUUCCAUUGAAAAAGAAUAAGCAGUUUCAAGUAAAAAAAGUAGAUUCCGAGAAAGAUGGAGUUCCUUCGAAAGAAACGUCAAACAGAGAAGACGGCGAAAAAGAAGAUUCUGACGAUAAUUUCGAUGACAAAGAAGCAUUACGUCGUAAUAAGCAAAGACAAAAGAAACAAGUUAUUCUCCCAUCUAUUAAUCUCGACGAUUAUUUAGUAAAUCCUGUUGAUACACAUGAAGAUUUAAUUAAUAUACAAGAUGAUGAAGACAAUUUAGAUGAAGAUGAGGAUGAAGAUGAAGAUGUUAUUGAUUUCAAGGGACUGACAAGCGCACAGCCGUUAUGGGUCUUACCUCUUUAUUCUCUUUUACCUGGACAUGAACAAGCCAAGGUAUUUGAACCACCACCGGAAGGAUGCCGUUUGUGUGUAGUAUCUACCAAUGUUGCAGAAACUUCACUGACGAUUCCCAACAUCAGAUAUGUUGUGGACAGUGGAUGUUGUAAAACUAGGUUGUACGAUAAAGUGACGGGUGUAAGCACAUAUCAUAUUAGCUACGUGAGCAAAGCAGCGGCGACUCAACGUGCCGGCAGAGCCGGUAGAACUCGACCUGGUCAUUGCUACAGAUUAUAUUCAUCGGCUGUAUAUAAUAAUGAUUUCGAGGAAUAUAGUCUGUCGGAAAUUCAAAGAAAACCGGUGGAUGACCUGCUGCUGCAGAUGAAGGCGAUGAAUAUAAACAAAGUUGUGAAUUUUCCAUUUCCUACGCCACCAGAUAUCAUGCAAUUAAGAUCCGCGGAAGAACGGCUCACGAUACUCGGAGCAUUAGAAGAGCCUUCGAAGAAACAGAAAGAGACGUAUUGUAUGAAAGUGACGCCACUUGGACGCAGUAUUGCCGCAUUUCCGGUUUCUCCGCGCUAUGGCAAGAUGCUGGCGCUUUCGCAUCAGUAUAAUUUGUCCAUGUACACGAUUUGCAUGGUGGCUGCUCUUAGUGUGCAAGAAGUACUGAUAGAAGCACUCGACAUGGAAGGUUCAACCAAGAGCAAAUGGCUGCAAAAGCGUCAUUACUGGGCCGGAACUGGCAAUAAUUUACUUCUCGGCGAUCCAAUGGUUUUGAUAAGAGCCAUCGGAACUGCCGAGUACGCAGGAUCAAAGGGAAGACUGUUGUCUUUCUGCGAAGAAAAUGGCUUGAGACACAAAGCCGUGGUCGAAAUUAGGAAACUUAGGCACCAACUCACUAAUGAAAUUAAUUUAAAUGUGCCAGAACUAAAUUUAGUCAUUGAUCCAAAAAUGCCACUACCAACCGAUACGGAAGCGAAAUUACUGCGUCAAAUAGUACUUGCGGGUAUGGCAGAUCAAGUCGCGAAGAAAGUUUUGCCCGACGAGAUAAAAGAGGAUCAGGACAAGACCAAGUGGAAGCGCGCUUAUAAAACACCUAAAAUGGAAGAACCUGUAUUUAUGCAUUCCUCGUGUGUUCUACGAAGAACUAAACCAGAAUGGGUAGUCUAUCAAGAAGUAUAUGAGACGAAUAAAAUGUACAUGCGAGGUGUCACAGCAAUAGAACCCGAGUGGUUGCCGAAAUUCGCGCCCCUGUUGUGCCACCUCAGCGAACCAUUGACUGAUCCACCGCCGAGAUAUGAUCAAGGAACCGGAAAUAUUAUUUGUCGUGUAUCUGGUACGUUCGGAACAGCCGGAUGGGCAUUACCACCAAUGGAUAUAGAACAUCCGUUGACGGUGAAUGGUAUUAAGUGGUUCGCAUAUUUUUUUCUGGAAGGUCAAGUAUGCCUUAAGCUGAAACAGUUUGUUCCGUCACUGCUAACGACACCCGGUAGCAUCACUAAGUCAUGGGCCAAGCUGAUACCCCGCACUCAAGCAAUAGUCCAAACGUUACAGUCGCAGGGAGUCAUGUCGAAAGAUAAACUUGUAGAAGUCUGGGCUUCAAAUAAAAAAUUUUUGCUGUCGGAUUAUCAGAAGUGGUUGCCGGAAUCCGCACAUGCAGAAGUGGCACGAUUGUGGCCGCCUUCAUAACGAAAAAUAUAUAUAACAUUAAAGUUGUAAUUACAUAAAUUUUUAAUUAUGUAAAUUAUUUUGUAAUAUAUAAAAAUCAGAAUAUAUAUAUCAAUGUAUAUCAAUACUUCUUGUAAGAAUUAAUCAAGAUUUUAUUAUAAUCUACAAACUGAAAAGAA